CCCAGAAGAGAGAGUUUGAGGAGCUGUGGGAGAGACACUGCUCCUGAGAGAAGGUUCCAGGUUAGGGGAAGUGGAGCUCAAGGAUACUACCCUGGGAUGCGACAUCUGGACCUAUCCUGGCUGGGACUGGGGCCCAUGUCAGCCUCUCCAUGGCUGCUCCUUUCCUUGGUUGGUGUUUCCUGGUUCUUGACCCGCUGCCUCACCCAGAUAUACACUUUGUAUGCAAAGUGUCAACGUCUCUGUGGUUUCCCUCAGCCACCCAAGAGGAGUUGGUUUUGGGGUCACCUAGGCAUGUCCCCUCCUACAGAAGAAGGCAUGAAGCAGAUGACUGAGCUGGUGGCCACCUACCCCCAGGGCUUCAUGACCUGGUUAGGCCCUAUAGUUCCCCUCAUCACUUUGUGCCACCCUGACAUCAUCCGAUCUGUCCUCAGUGCCUCAGCUGCGGUUGCUCCCAAGGAUGGCAUCUUCUACAGCUUCCUGAAACCCUGGCUGGGGGAUGGGCUCUUGGUGAGUGCCAGUGACAAGUGGAGCCGCCACCGUAGCAUGCUGACACCUGCCUUCCACUUCAACAUCCUGAAACCCUAUGUGAAGAUUUUCAAUGACAGCACCAACAUCAUGCAUGCCAAGUGGCUGCGCCUGGCCUCAGGGGGUAGCGCCCAUCUGGACAUGUUUGAGAACAUCAGCCUCAUGACCUUGGAUACUUUGCAGAAAUGUGUCUUCAGCUUCAACAGCAACUGUCAGGAGAAGCCCAGUGAGUACAUUGCCGCCAUCUUAGAACUCAGUGCACUGGUCGUGAAAAGAAACGAACAGCUGCUUCUGCACAUGGACCUGCUCUACCGCCUCACACCUGAUGGAAGGCGCUUCUACAAGGCCUGCCACCUGGUGCAUGACUUCACCUAUGCCGUCAUCCAGGAGCGACGUCGCACUCUGCCCAAGCAUGGUGGUGAUGAUGUCAUCAAGGCCAAAGCCAAGUCCAAGACUCUGGACUUCAUUGAUGUACUGCUACUGAGCAAGGAUGAAGACGGAAAGGAGCUGUCAGAUGAGGACAUCCGAGCGGAGGCUGACACCUUCAUGUUUGAGGGCCACGACACCACAGCCAGUGGGCUCUCCUGGAUCCUGUACAACCUGGCGAAGCACCCAGAAUACCAGGAGCGCUGCCGGCAGGAGGUGCAGGAACUCCUGAGGGAUCGUGAUUCUGAAGAGAUUGAAUGGGACGACCUGGCCCAGCUGCCCUUCCUGACCAUGUGCAUCAAGGAGAGUCUGCGACUGCAUCCCCCAGUCACAAUGGUCUCCCGAUGCUGCACACAGGACAUUUCUCUGCCAGACGGCCGUGUCAUUCCUAAAGGUAUCAUCUGCAUCAUCAAUAUUUUUGCAACCCAUCACAACCCAACUGUGUGGCAGGACCCUGAGGUCUAUGACCCCUUCCGUUUUGAUCCAGAGAACAUCCAGGCUAGAUCGCCUCUGGCAUUUAUUCCCUUCUCGGCAGGACCCAGGAACUGCAUAGGACAGACUUUCGCUAUGAACGAGAUGAAGGUGGCAGUGGCGCUGACGCUGCUGCGCUUCCGCGUCCUGCCCGAUGACAAGGAGCCGCGCCGGAAGCCGGAGCUGAUUCUGCGCGCGGAGGACGGGCUGUGGCUGCGGGUGGAGCCUCUGAGCGCCCAAGCAUAGUAACUGUCCUACUUUGUCCUGGACUUUUAGUAUGUAAAUAGGCGUGACUCUGCCCAUGUCGAUUGCAAAGCCCAAGCAGUGCUGUCACCCUGCAAGCAGGGGCUGCAAGGAAUCCAUCCAGUGGUCAGAGUUAUGGAGUCCAGCUGGCUGAUUUGAGUCAAAGAUCCCUGACUUCUCUGAAUGACCAACAGCCCCUAACUUAUGGCACUUGGUUCCUUUGUGCUUUUUGCCAACAAAGCUAUCCCAGACUAAAUCAUGUGGCAUCACACUUCCCACCACCCCCUGAAAAUAGGCAAAAGUUAGGUAUUUUUCUUUGUUCAGGGUUUUUUGAAGGCUCACUCCUAGGAUUCCCCUUCCGUUAUGUUUAUGGUGGCCAUCUCUCUUACUUUUACUAUUACCUAUACCUCAUAACGAAAUUCCUCUCCUUGUUUUACAGCAAAGCCUGUCUUUCCUUUAAGGGCAUCAUCAUGUUGUCUCUGACUUACUGUUUUUCAUGCUUUCUUACCUCAAAGUAACCAAAGUUAUGAUGCCCCUUUCCCUAGUAAAGUUAAUUUUUGAAGGGUAAUUUUGCUUCAGCUCCUUUCCUGAACCAACCACAUUUAAUGAACUACCCACAUUUAAGCCUGUUUGGGUAGUUCAUAUUCAAACUAUAUUAUGCCCUACUCACAAUUGCAAAAUUGUGGAAACAGUACAAACACCUACUUUCAAAUGAUUGAAUGGACAUAGCAUUGUAGUUAUACAAUGAGGUGUUCCUCAGCCAUAACAGGAAUAGUUCAUGGUGGAGCCAUCACAUUGCACAAGUCACAAAAGCCAUACACCAAAAUCACAUAUUACCAUUUCUUUUAUGGGAAGUUUAGAGUAGAAACACCCAUAGCAAUCAAAAGCCUGUGAGUGGUCGAUAGAGCUGUGGGGAUGGGGAAAGAGGAAAGACUGCUGAAUGGGAAUACAUUUCCCUCAUGGACUGAUGAAAUGUCUUAGAAAUAGAGCAUGGAGAAGGUCCCAUGUCAUUAAACACUUCAUGUUCAUAUUAUGUGAUUUCCACCUCAAAAAAUAUUUUUAUUAUACAUAGUUUUGUUGUUGAGUUAUUCACACAAAAUGUUAUGAAUAUCCUGUCAUGACACUAAAUUGUUUUAUGAACCUUCAUUAGUCAUCUUUAAAAUAGUAUUAGUUAUUUUUAACUUAAUUGAUUUUCGAGGGACUAUCCUUGGUAUUAGUGCUUUUAAUUAAAGAUCUUUUUAAAACUC